AUGAAAAGCCAGGUUUCGCUGCCGCGGUCACGGGUGAAGUGCUUUGUUGUCGAGAGCAAGGUGGUUAUCGAUGUGGAAGCCCUCAGCGCAACCUGUCAGAGCUGCACCAAGAGGGCUUGGCUCCAUGCUGGGCAAUAUCAGCUGGUACUCCGAGGAUUCAACCCACCAGUCAUUCCUUCAAUCCUUGAGGAGGAGCUGCCACAACACUCCUGGAGAGUGACGCUUCUACGCCGCGGUCCGAGUCGCGGUCCUGGCUUGAAUGCCACCUUCUCACCCAUUGCCUUCGGCAGCGUCCCAAAUUAUCCUCUGGACGAGAGCGAGAGCACCACGGGCAUUUGGCGUGGACGCACAUUUCCGCAGGAUGUGGACCAGGCGACCUCCACCGUGGUGGAGGGAGAUGACCGCCUCAGCCCGACGAGAUACAUCUCCUUGACAACCUGA